AUGUUGGGAUCUUCUAUGAAAACAGUACUCAUAGUAUUGUCGGGUUUGGUAAUAACAAAUUGUGAUAGCCACUUCCCGUCUAUAGACAAGGUAUCAACAAUAGAACCUACAACAAUUUCUUUAUCUUCUUCUUCAGAGAGCACAUUGGGACCAGCGAGACAUAGUGGUGUCGUUAUCCAUGAGCAAACGAUGAGUUAUCCAGACAGUAGCACGUCAAAGGCUAGCUCACAACGGCGUCCAGAUAUUACGUCAAUGGAACCAAAAGAUGAUGGAGCUCAACCAGGUGAAGCCAGACCGUCAUCCGGCAGUAUACAAGACACGUAUACUGAUAAUAAUGAGCCAAAUAUAUCAAUAGAAAAAGAACGUGAUAUUUUCCUAUCCUUUGAUGCAUAUAAGGAAGCAAAACUUCAUGAACAUGACCACCAUUCUUCUUGGAAGAGACAUCAACAACAACAAUAUUCGUCCUCUUCGAAAAAAAAUAUUAUCAAUACUAGUGAGGAUAGCCUCGGUGAUGAAAUGGAAAUUGAACUAGGUUUCUUCUUGAACGGUAAUGAUGAUGAUGACAACGAUGAUUGUGAAACAGACGACGAAGAAGUAGAUUUAUUAGACAUUGACGAAGCCUGUCUCAAUUUAUUGAAUUCAAUUGAUUCAAACAUUGAAGGAGAAGAACAAGAUGAUGAUGAUGGAAGUACGGGACAAAAGAGUAAUUCUCUUUAUAAGAGAAGAUAUAAUUAUGCGUCAUUAGAUUGUGCAGCAACUAUAGUGAAAACAAACCCUGAAGCAAUGGGGAGUACGUCCAUAUUAGUGGAAAAUAAAGAUAGUUAUUUAUUGAACCCAUGUUCUGUGAAGCAAAAAUUCAUUAUUAUUGAAUUAUGUGAAGAUAUCCUUGUGGAAGAGAUUGAUAUUGCUAAUUUCGAAUUCUUCUCAUCAACUUUUAAACAAAUCAGAGUCUCUGUGAGUGACAGAUUCCCAGUGAAAGAGAAUAAUAAUAAAGACGGUGGCGGUUGGAAGAUUUUAGGAAAAUUUGAAGCAAUUAAUAAUAGAGAACUGCAAAGAUUUAAAAUUGAAAAUCCACAAAUUUGGGCGAGAUAUUUGAAAAUUGAAAUUUUAUCUUAUUAUGAUAAUGAAUUUUAUUGUCCAAUCUCCUUAGUAAGAGUUCAUGGGAAAACUAUGAUGGAUGAAUUUAAAAGUGAACAACAAGAGCAACAACAAAAUAAUAAUCAGAAAGAUAAUAAAGAUGCUUUAUUGCUUUUAUCAUCAGCUAAUAACUCCUGUGGUAAUAUUCAAGAUAAAGAAAUUUUAUCUAAAUUAAUUACUGAUAAUUUAAUUAAAAGCAAUGCUACGACUAUUAAAAAGAAUUUAACGAAAGAUGAUAUUUUACUUCAAGGUAAGUGUAAAGUUAAAACUCCAAUUGCAAUUCAAAGUUUUGAUAAAUUUUUGAAGAAUCAUACCGAAAAAAUACAAGAGAGUAUUUCAAGUAAUAAAUGUCCCAGUAUACCAAUACCUGAAGAUUCAUUUUUGAAAAAUAUCGUGAAAAGAUUAAGUGCUUUAGAAGAUAAUUCUACACUAACUUUAUUAUAUAUUGAAGAGCAAACCAGGUUAUUAUCUCAAUCAUUAGAUAGAAUAAAGACAAACCAUUCUAUUACUUUAAAUGAUAUAUUGUUAAGCAAUGAAAAAUAUAUACGGGCAAAUUCAAUGAUCAUAAAUGAAUUACAAAAUCAAAUAUAUUUCCAGAAAAUACUAUUAUCUACAAUGAUAAUUGCCAUAUUGGGUCUUUUCAGUUAUUUACUUUUAUCAAAAGAGGUCUACGUCUUCAAUGAAAAUUACAUUGAAGAAUCGAAAGAAAUGGAAAUGAGAAGACAUUCGACUCAUCGUUGA